UAUUUAGGUAAAAUAGUUCUAUGCGUCAUGUUGUGUAUAAUCUGCCAAUUUGAAUGGAAAAACUACUUCUAUGCAUUACGUUUUAAUGCAACAUAUCAAUUUGGAAACCAGUUUUGCACUUUUGUUAAUGUGGUAUGCUCUUUUUUGUUGGUUAAUAAGACUUGCUGGCUAUUUUGUUUUCGUUGGCUAUUUUGAAUUGGAAAAAUACUUUGAUGCAUUACGUCUUAAUACAAAAUAUCAAUUUGGAAGCAAAUCUAUGAUUCUCUUGGUGAAGUUUAAAAAAAUGUGCACAUCUUAGUAUCAACAUAAAUGCGAUUUAGGGUGGUAGGAUGAGAAAGGAUUCUCUGUUGUUAUUUUGUAGGUUGAGAAUGCACGCCUAUAUUCUAAUUUGACGUAAGCUUGAUGCAUAGAUUACCAUCAAUGAACUUUUUUGAGAGUGAAUUUUUUUUAUUGCUACAUGCUUAGGCAAUUUCUUGGUUUGGUGAAAGCUUCAUCAAAUGAUAGUCUUUUUCUAUAUAGCAUCACAGCUCGGGGCAAUAUACUGUAGGAGAUGCUUAAAAAAUGAUGAGUUUCAUCGAUGUACUUGACGGGGUUGAACUGCAUCCACCAGUAUCUGAUGUUUCAUUCAAUGGUCUUGCUGCCAGGCUUGAAAAGUGCAGGAUGUUAACUGAAAUUGCUGGAAAUUACUUAGAUGAAGGGGCAAAUCUUUUCCAUGGAGUUGAGGCAUGCAAUGAAGCUUUGGAAGGGCAUGGUAGUGAAAUUGGAUCCAUGUUGAGGCAUGAAUGUCUUUGCACACGAGCUGCCUUAUUGCUUAAGAUUGUUAUUGCUGGAGAUGAUUGUGCAGUGCCUCCACCUCAAGGCAUAGCUGGAUGAAGUGGUUUGGCAGGCCCUAUUCUUGUUCACAAGGUUCUCUGUUUCUUCCUUUUCCUCCUUACAUAUAUGCAUGUAGGGGCCUUUCCUGCAUAUGCACUUACAUGCUCACGCUUUAGGUCUUUUCUACUAUUACUUAUUCCAGUGAAAAUUUAUCUUUGUAUUGGUUGAUUUAAUUUUUUAUGUCUUUAUCCUUUCGAAUAUGUCUGAACUGCUCUUACACUAAAUUUAGUUCUGAUUAUGCAAGUGGAGUUGGAAAGUCAGGUUGCUGGAUCUAGCUGCAGCUGCUGGCCUUUCCCUUUCUUAAGUCACUCUGUUUCUGAAGAAGCAAAACGUGCAUCAAAUGGUUGGGACAAUGGGUGUUGCCUUAUCUGUUUUUACACUGCCUGGGCAGGUUUCAUCAGAUCGUCUGGGUUCUGGAAAAAUGGAACUUGGUCUUGAGAUUCAUAGGUGCCACUCUAUGGUACUGAUGAUUGUAGCAGGCAAAGCAGUCCCUAACUUGCAAUUGGAGCAUGGAUUGGCUGUCAAUAGAGUGUACACAGGAUUUGGUAUUUCUUGUUGUCUUUUCACUUUGUUGAAAAGAUGUUUCAUAUGAAUUGUUGGACUUUAAGAAUUAAUAUAAUUAUUAAUUUUCAUUUAAUAUAAAAUUUUUUUUCCCA